AUGGUGACUCCCUUCACGUACUCCCCCUCGCGGGCCUUCGCCCCGAGCCGCAACUUGACUCCCACCAAGUUCGCGGCCACCUCCAAGAACUCUGGCAAGUUGGACCGGUUCAUCCCCAACCGCACUGCCAGCAACCUCGACAUCGCCUCCUAUACCGUGGGUGAAGCCGAGAACUACAGCGCGGCCUCCCCCGCCAAGGAGUACCGCAAGCAGCUGGCCGCCAGCCUGGGCACGGAGCCCUCCUCGCGCGUGCUGGCCUUCAAGCAGAAGGCGCCUGCACCCCCGGAGGGCCACCCGGAGCGCAUCCUGGACGCGCCCGAGCUGAUGGACGACUACUACCUCAACCUGCUGGACUGGGGCUCCUCCAACACCGUGGCGGUGGCCCUGAACCAGAGCGUGUACCUCUGGUCCGCCUCCUCCGGCGCCUGCGAGGAGCUGCUGCGCUGCGGCGAGGGCGACUACGUCUCCAGCGUGGCCUGGGCCGCCGACGGGCGGCACGUGGCGGUCGGCCUCUCCUCCUCCGCCGUCCAGGUGUGGGACGCGGAGCGGCGCCGCCCGCUGCGCGCGCUGGCCGGGCACUCCGCCCGCGUCGGCGCGCUGGCUUGGAACGGGCACACGCUGAGCACCGGCUCGCGCGACGCCAGCAUCGCCUGCCACGACGUGCGCGUGCGCGCGGCCACCACGGCCGUGCUGCGCGGCCACGAGGGCGAGGUGUGCGGCCUGCGCUGGUCGCCCUCCGGCGCGCAGCUGGCCUCGGGCGGCAACGACAACGUGCUCAAUGCGCUGGCCUGGUGCCCCUUCCAGGGCAACCUGCUGGCCAGCGGCGGCGGCACCGCCGACGGCUCCAUCAAGUUCUGGAACACGCACACAGGCGCGCUGGUGAACAGCGUGGAUACGGGGUCCCAGGUCUGCGCGCUGGCCUGGUCACGGCACGAGCGCGAGAUCCUGUCCAGCCACGGCUUCGCCCAGAACCAGCUGUGCCUCUGGAAGUACCCCACCAUGGCCAAGGUGGCGGAGAUGACGGGGCACACCUCGCGCGUCCUGCACCUCGCCACCUCCCCGGACGGCGCCACCGUUUGCAGCGCGGCCGCGGACGAGACGCUGCGCUUCUGGCGCUGCUUCGGCGACGCCGCGCCCGCCGCACCGGCGGCAGCCAAGGCCACCGCGGGGCUCAGCUCCUCCCUCCUCCGCAGCGUCAACGUGCGCUGA